CCUACGCAGUAGACCUAGGGUUAAGAUCGUGUUUACCGGUAGUUUUCUCAGCGAAGUUUCAAGUGUAUGAAUAAGGUAAAAAAUAUCUUACAGUAAGUUUGGUUGCGACAAAGUCAUGGCUUCUCCCGGACACUCCCGCCAGUGUCUUGCAACUAUACAUUCCCAUGUAAAACUUUGCAAUGGUUACAUGCGCAUGAAUGAAACAGACAUAAUUGUAUUUAAUUUUUUAUUUUAUUUUUUUAUCAUUUUUGUAUUCGACUUCCCAAAUAGAAAACAGUACGUACACUUUUUUGCUCAAAACGCACCAUCAAAACGAUUGCGGAAAAAUAGCCUAGCGAGGGUAUUUAAGUCUCAUUUCAACUAGAAAAAAACUCUGUUUUCAUAUUAAAUAAGGCUUGCUGAUGACAUGACGGUCAAAGUAUCUGACUUCGGAUUGUCACGUGACGUGUAUGAGAGGGAAUACUACAGUUCCUGUGACAAGACGACGAAACUUCCGGUGAAGUGGAUGAGUCCGGAAAGUCUCGAAUUCGGACACUACAGCUCGAAAUCGGACGUGUGGUCGUAUGGCGUGGUUCUCUGGGAGCUGCUAACGAGAGGCAUGUGUCCCUACCCGGCCGUGGACAACUGGGACAUCAUGCGUUACCUGAAGUCAGGCAGGCGGCUCGAGAAACCGGAGUAUUGUCCGGAUGACGUGUACCAGAUAAUGCUGCGCUGCUGGCAAUGGGAACCACGAAAAAGACCGGCGUUCUCUGAGCUUGUAACCAGCGUUCCAGAGAUCCUAGGUCGCCGCGGGAGAUUCGAGUCCAGCCGAGGCAUGUCUGAAAGCAGUGAUUGUAAAUAGUAAACUCGGACGCGCUGCAGCUAACUCGAGAAAUAUUAGCUAAGCUAAGACUUGCUUUCAAACCCCGGUAAAUUCCAGGCAAUAUGUGUAGGUAAUAAGACUUAUAAAGAAGUUAAAUCAUUUACUAUAGGUCAAAAUGAAAUUAAAUGUGAACAAAAAGUAAAACUUUUAGGAGUGGAACUUGAUUACAAAUUAAACUUUGAUCCACAGGUUACAAAUGUAUGCAAAAAGGCAGCCAAACAAUUAAAUGUUCUCCAAAGACUAAGCAAAUUCCUGAAUGUAAGCACUAGGUUAAUAAUCUUUAAAUCUUUUAUCCGAUUUAAUUUUAAUUUUUGUCCCCUUAUAUGGCAUUUUUGUAGUAAAUCCAACACAGAAAAACUAGAAAAGAUACAGUUCAGAGCCCUUAGAAUUGUUUUUAAUGACUAUGAAUCUAGUUAUGAUACACUACUAAAAAAGGUUAACAGUACUACUCUUCACUUAAACAGGUUACGCCUCAUUGCGUCAGAAACAUUUAAAUGUACACACAAUCUUUCCCCAGAAUAUCUUCAAUCCUUGGUUAAAGUUAAAUCCUCUACCUAUAAUUUCAGAUAUUCAAACAUCCUUGAGACACCACAAGUAAGAACAACAAGGUAUGGCAAAAAUUCCUUUCGUUUUGAGGCUGUACAGGUGUGGAACAGCCUCCCAGAGGAUAUUCGCACAGUCGACAAAUAUAAAGACUUUGUAUGGCUGAUCCGCACCUGGACAGGCUCAAAAUGUAAAUGCGCCAUGCUUCUCACAUUUUUUGCUUGCUUGCUUGUUUUUUGCUGUCCUGCUUAUAUUAUUUAUUUAUCUGUCAGUUAACCCCUUGUUAAAUUAUCCUUGUAUAUAGUGUAUAUGAGUUUCUUGUGUGUUUAAUAAAAUAAAAAUAAAAUAAAAAUAAACAUGUAUAUAUGUGUAUAUAUGUGCUAUGUAGAUGUUUUUUUAAUGUGAUUAAAUAUGCUUUUUUAUACUCCCUUCUUGUGUGUUUUAAAAUGUUAUAAACAUGUAUAUAUGUGUAUAUAUGUGCUAUUUAUUUGUUGUACUAUGUAGUUAUUGUGCAUGUGCUUAUAUAUGCUUUUAAACAUGAAUUGUGUGCUAUACUUGUUUGAAUAUCUUAAAUUUUAAUAUAGGUCUGCAAUGCUUUGUUUGUAAAAAUUAUAAGUGUAUAACAUAUGUGUUAAUUAUGAACGGAUGUAAAACAGCUCCAAUAUAGUUCUUAGGUAUAUUUCCCUUUGUCAUAUCUAUGUGUAACUUACAAAAUAUUAUGCUUUUAAUGAACAUUUUUUACUAAUUUUUGUGUUUUAUAUGCUCUAAAUAUGUCCUUGUAGUAUAAAUGCUUAUAUAAUAUGCUUAAUCUUUCUUUCUUUCAGCUCAAUAUACACUUGUUAUAUAUAUACAAUUGUUUUGUCGGGAAAUAGCUCAUGAGCUAAUGUUUAUUGUUAUUCUCAUCCGACGUUAAAUAAAGAUUCUUGUAUCUUG